AUGCCCUGCGGCGCCACAAGCCCAACAAAGUGGUCGACGUCCCUCUACAACGACAUAAAUAUGUCUUCCUUCAUUAAUGUAUUUUUUUAUGGGAAUGGGGGCUCUUUUUUUGCGUUUUUUUUCUUUUGGGGGGGACUUUUUUAUAUUUUGUUUGGACGUUUUUUUUCAUUUUUUUAUUUUCUUAUUCGACUGUUUUUUUUUAUAUUUUUUAUUUUUUUGUCUUUUAUUUCAUUUCAAAUCUUUUUAUUUUAUUUUUCUUAUUCUUUGCAUUCUUUUUUUUUUUCUCAUCUUUAUCAUACCAUAUUUCCUUUUUUUUUUUUAACGCCUUUUUCUUUCUUUUUUUUUUCUUUUCAAAUUUUCUUUUUUUUUCUUUUUUCUUUUCUUAAUCUUCUUUUCUUAUUUUUUUCAUUUUUUUUCUUUUUCUUUGAUUCCUUUUUUCUUCUUUUCAUUUUUUUUCUUCUUUUCUUCUUCCUUUUUCUUUUUCUUUUCUUCUUUCUUUCUUCCUUUUUCUUUUCUUUUUUUUCUUCCUUUUUUUUUUCUUUUUUUUUCUUUUUCUUUUUCUUCUUUUUUUCUUCUUUUUUUCUUUUCCAUUUGCCUUCUUUAUUUUCUUUUCUUUUUCUUUCUUUUUUUUCUUUCUUUUUUUAUUCUCUAUUUUUUCCUGCUACUUUUAUUUUCGUUUUAUCAUCUCCUUCUUCUUUUUUUUCUUCUUCUUCUUCUUCUUUUUUUUUUUUUUUUUGUUUUUUUCUUAUUUUUUUAAUUUUUUUUCCCUUUUUCUUUACAGCCUUUUCUUCAUUCUUUGUUCUUCUAUUUUUCUCCUGUUUAACUGGACUCUCUCUCUCUCUUUCUUCUCUUCUUCUCUUUCUUUUCUUUUAUCUUUUUCUUUCUCUUUUUUCUUUUCUUUUUUUUUCUCUCUCUUUUUUCUUUUUUUUUUUUCUUCUUUUUUUUCUUUUUCUUUUUCUUUUUUUUCUUUUUUUUUUUCUUUUCUUUUUUUUUCUUUUUUUUCUUUUUCUUUUUCUUUUUUCUUUUCUAAAAUUUUAUUCCAUUUUUUUUCUUUCAUCUCUUUUUCUUCAUUUUUUUUCUCAAAUUUCUUUUCUUCUUUUUUUUUUUUUUUUUUUUUUUCUUCUUUUUUUAUUUUUUCUUUUUUUCUUUUCUUUCUCUUUCUUUCUUUCUCUCUUGUCUCAUCUUUUUUUAUCUUUUUUCUCUCUCGUUCUCUUUUCUUUUUUUCUUCUCAAGGAAUCUUCUUCUCUUUCUUCUCUUCUCUCUUUUUCUUCUCUUAAACUUAUAUGUUCUUUCUCUCUUUCUCUUCUGUCUCUCUCUCUCUCUGAAAUCUUUCUCUCUCUCUUUUUUUUCUUCUCUCUCUCUCUUUCUUUAGCUUGUUUCGAAGCAGCUCAUUACUGGUUCCUCCAUGCAAAUUUUUUUAGACCGUUUUUUUUUAUUCUCUUCUUCUUUCUCGUCGCCAAAUCUUUACCCCCUUGCUAUAUCAAUAUUAAUUCUCACCCGCUCAGCACACACUUUCCUCCAUCUCUGCUAUAUUUCCCAUUCAUUCAUCCUCUCCUUAAGAACCAUUUUUCUUAA